AAUCCCAAAAGCUGCAUUACAUUUUGCCAAAUUUUGAAGCCAUCAUCGAAAAAUUUCAGAAAGCCCUAAUUCUAAUUCAAUUCUUUGCCAACUGUUCAUUUCCCCCUAAAAUUGACCCACUGUUUCAAAUUGAAAAUUUUAGGGCUUGAUCCAUCUCUUCACAGUCCUUGCUGUGUCACUCUCCUUCCUAUUCACCUCUCCUUCAAAUCGGUUUUUCUAUAUUUCCUUAGCCCUUAUUUUUCUUAUUACAACUCAAGAGUCUAGUAUCUCUCUUAUUAGACUCCAAAAAGCGUUAUGUUCUUCCAAUUAGAAGAGUCAUGCCCCUCUACCCUUUGCUCGUUUCACAAUCCCAACCUCUGACAUCAUCGGCAUCGGAGGUUGACUAUGGCGACUCAAUCUGCUGCUCCUCCAAGCCAGAAGGACGAAAAUACCCAAAACCCAGCUUCAGAAGUUGUACAGCCAACAAUUGAGGAGCAGCAUGAUGCAAAGGCAGAGGCUACGGAAGACAACUUGACUACAUCUGUGUUUGUGGACUCAGAACCAAUACGCAAAGAACAAGUGCAAAAUGCUGUAAUGUUUCUUUCACACCCAAAAGUAAGGGGAUCACCGAUCAUCUAUAGACGAUCUUUCCAUGAGAGAAAAGGCCUCACUAAGGAGGAGAUUGAUGAAGCUGUCCGUAUUGUUCCUGAUCCAACCCUGGCUGUUUCAAAUGUGCAGCCAGCUGCACAAAAUCAAGGAAACGGCUUUGGAGGAAGAAACUCAAGAGAGCCGCUUCGCGAUGCCAGAAAAUUAUUGAGCCAUUGUUACCUUCUGCAAGUGAUGAUAUCAAUUGUGAUGGUGAAAAUAAUCAUGUCAAAAAUGAACCACCAGAUGUUCGAUGAAAUGCCACUGAGGAAUCUGAGACUGUGAGCGACAGUGGAGAUUCUGCUCCCAAAAUGAACGCUUUUGGAUGUGUUCCCAUCGUACAUUUCGAUCUGGUCUAUUUCUUUCCAUUAGCAAAACUUGAAGAACAGGGUUAUGUGACAAUGUACCUCAAUGAUUGUCAACGCACAGCUUUCUAUGAAGGCAUGGGCUCAACACGAAAGAACUAGGGGAACCUGUCUAUGUUGUAUAAUUUUUGUUUCAACAUUGUUACAUUAGCAUGAAUUUUAGUUAUAGAUUACUUUUCACUAUA